CUUUCCACACUUGUCUCUGCGCUGGUUUUAAAUUGCUCCCUCCCUCCCUAUUCUUUCAAGAACAGCACCGAAAAUCUUCACUUUUAGUCGAGUUGGAGGACCGGGAAGUGAAAGUUUCUGAUCAUGAAGUUCGCGUUCGCGGUGACGUUGCUGGUCGUGACGGUUAUGGGGAUCGCCAUAGGUGGAUGCCACUGCAAGAUUGUGCAGUUCAUCUUCGGCGACUCCCUCUCGGACGUCGGCAACAAUGACUACCUCUCGAAGGGACUUGCCAAGGCGAGCUUACCGUGGUACGGCAUCGAUUUUGGCAACGGAAUGCCCAACGGGAGGUUCUGUAACGGCCGCACCGUCGCUGAUAUAAUCGGUGAUAAGACGGGUCUUCCGAGGCCUCCCGCAUUCCUCGAUCCAUCUUUAACCGACGACAUGAUAAUGCAAAAUGGAGUCAAUUAUGCCUCUGGAGGUGGAGGAAUCUUGAAUGAGACAGGGACAUACUUCAUUCAAAGGUUCUCUCUUUACAAGCAAAUCGAGCUGUUCCAAGGAACCCAAGAGCUGAUCAGAGAAAAGAUAGGUGAUGACCAAGCAGAGAAUUUCUUUCAGCAAUCUCUCUAUGUGGUUGCUCUAGGAAGCAACGACUUCAUCAACAAUUACUUGAUGCCCGUUUACAGCGACUCGUGGACAUAUGAUGAUGAUGGUUUCGUCAAAUAUCUAACUAAUACUCUCCGAGAUCAACUCACGAUACUACAUAGCUUAGGUGCGCGGCAAUUGAUGGUGUUUGGGCUAGGGCCAAUGGGCUGCAUUCCCCUCCAGAGGGUGCUAAGCACAUCUGGUGGGUGUCAAGAGAGGACGAACAAACUAGCACUCAGUUUCAAUCAAGCUACGAGCAAAAUGAUAGAGGAUGCGUCAAGCAAGCUUCCAAAUGCAAGUUUCAGAUUCGGCGAUGCUUAUGAUGUUGUCAAUGACCUUAUAAGCAACCCCGUCAAAUACGGGUUCAACAAUUCUGAUUCUCCCUGCUGCUCUUGGGGUAAAAUUAGGCCUGCUCUUACAUGUAUUCCAGUGUCAAAAUUGUGCAAAGACAGAAGCAAGUACGUAUUUUGGGACGAGUACCAUCCCACAGAUAGUGCUAAUGAGUUAAUAGCCAAUGAACUCAUUAGAAAGAUGGGAUUUUCACGAUCUAACCUGACGGAUGCUCCAUCUGCUCCACCUAAUGCGGCUCCUUCCCCACAGGGAUAAUGCUUUGUCUGAAAUCCUAUCACUGCGAUUGCUGAAUAUUGUGAUGGAAUGCGAAUAUGUGUAUGAGCAUAGGCUUCUUCAUUAAUUUAAGAUAAUUCUACAA